CGGUGAAUCUGACGACGGUCAAGCUCCCCGGAUUUACGACUGCACGUCUGCCUGAGAUUCGCCUUCCUCGACUAUUUAAGAGAAAUGCCGCCCGAUGCUUCGACGGCUUCGAGAAGAUCAGGUUUCCGACUAUUGCAGCCAUGGCGAACCCGGCUCUGUGGGCGUUGUUUUUCUUGAUUCAGGUGCCUCUGGUCGUGAUGAUUAUUUGGGCCACACGUUUAUGGCGCCGACACCGUCGUUCAGGACUCGAGGAAUUCUACCCCCAAUUUCGCCGACCCGACAUUGAAGCCGUGCGACCCAAGAAAGUCCGACCGGUGAUGAGCAGUGAAGAUGUGGAUCGUCGAUUCCCCACCGUGGGCUAUAGUGCCUGGAAGAGCGCCCACGAGACUCCGAGCCAAGCGAGCGCUCCUCGAGCGUCUGCACAAUUAGAGCGAACCACGUCUCGCGACAAUGACGAACCAGAACCCCCAAACAAACAAACAACGAUAAACGACGCCCACCAGAAUGAACCUCCUUCGCCGGACAGCGACUCAUAUUCCGUGUGUGCCAUCUGCGUGGACCAAUUCGACGCAAACGACGAGGUCCGGCCUUUGAGCUGUGGCCAUAUCUUCCACCCUGCCUGUAUCGAUAUGUGGCUGACCAAGCGACAAGCCUGCUGUCCUCUGUGCAAGACUGUCUAUGCCGGUCUCAGAGUGAGCUCAGAGUCAAACAGAGACGGCGAGGCCGAGGCAUCCACCAUGCCGGAACCCCCUGCAGCAGCCGUGGUGCGCGGUGAAAGAAUUCCUCGAGAGUCUUGAGAGGGAACCUAUCUCCCUAUGAAGUUAUGAAUCGCCAUAAUGAACUUUACCCCCUCGAGACGCACAUAGCCCAAACUAUGGCUCCUUGCAGUCCCCUCGCAGCCGGCUUUUCUACCAUGGCCAACAAGUGUGAGGAUUGCACACUUCCCUCCCUCACCAGGACAGCUUACUGGAUAGAAUGCCGGGCUGUGUCGGAUGUAGGACGCAUGAACUUGCCACAUUCCAGGGAUGCAGGUGCAUUUUGGACUGGACCUUAGAAAUCUCGCUAAGGUCAUGUGGCUAUGGUUGUCGACGCCAUUCGACGGAUAUCCCUAUUUUUGUUUUUCCCUUUUCGUACCUUUUUUGACUUCUUCAGCAUGUUGUAUUUGUAUUCGAGCGAUUGAUCUGUCGGCAAAUACCAGGUAUUUAGACGAUAGGCUGUUUUUAUGAACACAGAACCUUUUUGGGCUAUUUCAAUCCUCAGUCUGAAAGUCUUCUCGAUCAAUU